AUGUUCUUGGUUACUUUAAUAUUCAUAGCACUUAUUAAUUACGUAAACUCAGAUUGUAUCAUCGAUGAAAGAACACCGAAUAAAAUUUAUAUGGGCAAACUCUUCGACCUUCUUAAUUCUACGGACGCGCCAUGCAAAGAUGCGACAGUGGUAGCUCUUAAGUUUAGUGUAAGGAACUUCUACUUUGACAAAAGCGAAACGCUGUUUAAUACAUUUAUUUGGAUUAUAUUCUCAUGGGAGGACCCAAGGUUCAAAUGGAACCCAGACAAUUAUGACGGCAUUGACUCUUUUCUUGUUCCUUUUUUUUUCAUCUGGUCGCCCUUACCCAUUUUACACCAUAUGAGGGAGUUCAACGAGAUGGAGUUCCUGAACUACGAAUCUAGGUACUGUAAAAUUCAGAAUACUGGUCGGAUUAUGUGUGCCACGAAGGGAAUAUACACGACCAAUUGUCAUUCACAAUUGAAGAACUGGCCGUACGACAUACAAACAUGUGCACUAAAGUUUCACAUCAGGGAUGGGAUAAAGGACAAUGUUACGUUUACAUUUAACUCAACGCGAGGUUUAUAUGCACUUGGAGCAGAAUACGGCUCAGGAUGGAACAUUAUUGACUUUAGUGCUGUUGAAAACGCUACAGGAGAGGUGAAGAUAUCUCUGAGAUUCGUUGUUGAAAGGCAAGCGCUUGGAGUUGUGAUUUCCGUUGUCAUGCCAUCAAUAACAGUGGCUGUUUUAACUCUAACUUCUCUAAUUUUGGAUAUAAAGGAUCGUGAUCGUUUGUAUCUCGCUAUAUUCAGUUUGAUUAUAAAUGUAUCUUUAUUGAGUGUCAUGGGCGAGCUCAUACCCCAUCAAGGGCACGAUACACCGUCGAUAUUAUAUUACAUUAAUGACUCUAUUGUUUGUUUAGACUUGUUAUUAAGAGUACAAUGUGAGUAG